CAGCUUCUCUCUCAAUUUUCUUUCUUUUUUUGUUGCCUUUUUACCUGAAAAUAUACUCCAAUUUUACGAUAAUCAGUUUCUUUAUACUCCGAAGAAGCCUCUCUCCCAGGAUUGUUUCUAUAAUUUACAAAAGAAAAAGUAAUAAUAACUGGUUAAUUUCGUCAGGGGCUAAGCUUGUUUGCUUCCAUAAAUUGUUCUAUUUACUUCUUUCAAUUUAUUGGUUCUGGGUAUUCUUGGUUCUUGUUCGAUCGUUUAUUUUCAAUUUGUUUGAGGAUGGUUUGCAUGGUUUCUCGCACUGGAAGGCACUUGCAGCGAUACGAUAACCUAGGCCGCCGCCAAGUUGUCGGUUGCAUUCCCUAUAGAUACAAAUCUAGCAGUGAUGGAACCAUGACUGAUGACUUGGAGGUACUUGUGAUCUCCUCCCAGAAAUGUCAAAAAAUGAUGUUUCCCAAGGGUGGCUGGGAGCUUGAUGAAUCUAGAGAAGAAGCUGCAUUAAGAGAGUCACUUGAAGAAGCUGGUGUUCUAGGCAAUGUUGAGUGUGAACUGGGGAAGUGGGACUUCAUAAGCAAAAGCCAUGGCACAUUUUAUGAAGGUUAUAUGUUCCCUUUGCUAGUGAAAGAAGAACUUGAUUUCUGGCCUGAGCAAAAUCUGAGACAAAGGACAUGGAUGAAUGUUAAAGAAGCCAGGGAUGUGUGCCAGCAUUGGUGGAUGAAGGAAGCUUUAGACAUAUUGGUUGAAAGACUCAACUCAUUAAAGCAGCAAAAUGAACAAAAUUAUCCCAACAUCUGCUCUGAUUUAGUGGCAAAGAUUAGUAGUUUGUAAAAUAUGGGGGGCAUUUUUCCGAGGCUGUUUAGAUUUGAAUCUUCUGUUGAAAACAAAGGAGGAUCAGCAACCAUCAGUGCUUAUGGCCAAUUAUGUUGGCUACCAAAUACAGUCACUCACAGCUGGGUAAAAUGUUAGGAAAAUAACUGUAAUUUUUUGGAUGUUGGGUUGCACUGCUAGUUGCAGCUUCUUAGGAAGCAAUUAAUAUGAGAAAUUAGUGGGAAAAAAGGGAGGAAAGAACCCUAAAUGAAGAGAUUUUGUAUCAAGUUGUAUAUUUGGCCCUUGAAGUUUAAUCUACUUGAAUGUAAAUCAGUUAUCAAUUAUAAUAUCUUUGAAAAUUCAAUAA